CCCGACAGCGGUGCACUCAUGUUGAAGCGAAGGCCGCUAUCCAAAUCUAAAUCAUUCUGAUUUCGUCGCUGGAACAGUUAUUACGGGUUGAAAUAAGUUUGGCAUAACACCUGCUCCGGGCAUAUCCUGUAUUCACAACAUAUCUAUCACUUGUUAUAACUGUUAAUAACUUCCAAACUUGAACAGUUUGCGGUAUUCGAUACCCAAACAAUACUUCGAAGAGUGAGCGAAAGAAGGAAACAACUUGAACAAUGAGUCAAAACAACGUGUACACCAACAAAGUUGAGGAGGAGUACUUGGACAUCGUGUCCAGGAAUGCUUGGGCCCUGGUCUAUCAGAAGAUCGGGCUGGAAUGCCAACGUUAUGGCUACACCUUGAACGAAGCCAAGAAAGCUCAGAACAAGCCAUUGAACCGCUACCGCGACGUGAACCCCUUCGACCACACCAGAGUUGUGCUGAAGCGUUGUGAGAGGGACUACAUCAAUGCUAACUAUGUAACCAUGGAACGUGCCAACCGCCGCUAUAUUCUAACCCAGGGUCCUUUGGCAUUCACCGUGGGACACUUUUGGUUAAUGAUCUGGGAACAGAAUACAAAAGCUAUAUUAAUGCUAAAUAAAGUGAUAGAGAAAAACGAAAUAAAGUGCCACUGGUAUUGGCCGCAAGGUAUAGGUGAAACACAUAAGAUGAUCUUCAAUGAUGUCCAAUUAGCACUUGUCCUUGAGAAAGAAGAAGAUUGCUGCUACUAUUCCACCAGGCAGUUCAAGUUGUAUGAUCUUGAGAGCGGUGAGAACCGCGAUGUAAUGCAGUACCACUACACCACCUGGCCGGACUUUGGUGUCCCCACUUCGCCAAAUGCGUUCCUCCAGUUCCUGAAGAGAGUACGAGAGUCUGGGGUCUUGGAUCCUACUGAUGGGCCUCCAGUUAUCCAUUGCAGUGCCGGUAUUGGACGAUCAGGCACAUUCUGCCUUGUCGAUUGCUGUCUUGUCAUCGUGGAAAGGGAAGGGAUCGAGAACCUCAACAUUCAAGAGGCGCUCCUCGAGAUGCGUCGGCACCGGAUGGGCCUGAUCCAAACUCCUGAUCAGCUUCGGUUCUCCUACCAGGCCGUCAUUGAAGGUGCGAAGCGCCUCGACCCUAAUUACAGAGAUGAGGACGAACGCGAGGACAGCAUUUACUCCCUGGUGGGUGAGGAGGAGGCGCCGCCACCACCACCUCCCCGCGCUGAGAGCCUGACCCGCGCCCCGGGCCGGCCACUCCCCGCCAUCCCCGUCAGCGAGUCCCUCGGCAACCUUAACUUCAGCCAGCAAGAUUCCAGCUCGGAUGAGAGUCCCCCAACACCGCCAUCGCGUGACAACUCCUUGUCUGCGUCGUCCGCUGAUGAUGAAGACGACGAGCCGACGGCUGCAGUGGCCGAAAGUUCUGGCGAUGGAACCGAUACCCUGCGUCGGCGGCGGAAUCGUGAGUUGGCAGAUCGCGUGCUCAACAUGAAACGGAAGGCGCGGGAAGCUGAGAGAUGGCACCGGAUUAAGAGGUUUAAAACGGCGGACGAUUCGAACGAACAUAGCGAAGAGACAGAGGAGAUUAGGUAAAAAUAAAGUAAAGUACUUUUUUAAAUUGUAACAUAUCUCGGUUGCGUGCGUCACGGCACUUAGGAUACGCGUGGAUGCCCGAACGCACUGCAGUUUGACGUCCAAUUGCGUUGCAUUAAUAUGAAUUAAACAAUCACAAACUGUCCGUUAAUAACCGUCCUAAUGAAUACCAAAUUCAAAAUUGUCGUUUAAUCCAUGGAUUUAAUUAUAAAAAGCUAUCGUUUUAAUUUUUUAUUUUUCAUUUUUGGUUUUGAUUUGACGUCAUUAACGGAUCUUAUUGAAAACUUUGAAAGUAACCUCGUUUUAUAUUCCCGUACAGCGCUUCUGUAUUUUACUGUAUUUUAAAGGUUUUUUUAUUUUCUUUAUUAUAGAUAUUUUUGUCGUUCAUUUUUGAGGCAGCUCUCACUAGAACAUAGGAGCGGUUUCUUAUGUUCUUUUAACUAAAUAAAUACGUGGGCGUUGACUGAGGACUACAUAGGACCUAUUGAUUGAUGAGGACUUACAUUUUUCUAUUUUAUUUACUUCAUACUUUUACCGACACAUAGUAAUGCCCCCGCCAGUCAUAUGAUAACAUAAUUCCACUUUAGUUUUGUGUUUCGAAUAUUCAAACUGUAAAUACAUCUACACAUUAGUUAUUAAGUUUACGAAUAUUUAAAAUUAGUAUAAUUAAAAGUACGUUUAGUGAAUAAUUAUACCUUUAUUGGGGAAUAGUUAUUUCGUCAAGUAAAUAUAAUUUGGACAAAUUAUUUUUUAUAUAAAUUUUAGUUAGUUUAAUGGUCUCGCUCAUUUGUCAACUGCUUCCGAAGCUGUCCGAGACCCAGUCUUGCCACUUAUGAUGUAUCGUGCUCUGAUAACUAUUGUAUGUACAAUUCCCCAAUGGAGGUAGCUCCUACUGAUUUGACCUUUGUAAACAUUCAUUAGUGCGAUCAUUACAAACUGAAUCGACCUAGUGAACGUCCGAACUGAAACAAUAUUGUAUCCACCGUCUACGUAGUAUAACUGACAGUAUCAUUCGGAAGUUUGUUAACAAUUACUAUUUGUUCAUUGGUGUACUUGGAAGUACUUCUAAAUAAAUAUGUAGUGUAAUGCCCUAGUGUCAACGAAAUACAAUUACAAUAAAAUACAUAAAAGUGUUACUCUCAACUGUAAUAAGCAGGAGUGUACGUUGUUCUCUCGUCCGUAGUGAGUAACGUGAUAUGUUGUUCACUUACACUAUCAACCAUCUACUGCACCUUUAAUCUGCGACGUAACCAAUUUUAUAUCUAAUUCAUCUACUCGAGUAUUGUACUCAGAACCUUAACGAAACCCUAUAUUUUAACUCACCUACACUUGAAAACCGACGAUGUAUCUAUUUUUAUUACGGGAAACUGAUCAGUUUAAAUAAAUCUUAAGCAACAUAACAUUUUUCGUCUAUCACGUUGGUAUUUGUGGUUCAGUGGGUGUUAGGAGGUCUAUCUAUCGAUGGGUCGCUCGUUUUUGUCGGUCUAUAAUGUCUGUUGUUGGUUCGAUUCUCGUGUCUUGGUCGUUUUCGGUUGUAACGUGACGUUAUGUUAGUUGUUGUGGUUGGUUGUCGGGUUGAUCGUUUUGGAAAAUACUUUGAACCAGGAUUUAAUUUUGAAAUUAUAAUAAACUUAGUACUGUUACUUAUAUAACACCAUAGGUACCUGUGGUGGGUUAUAAGUGAUGGUCUUUUCGUCAUUCGAUUUUCGAUUGGUCAAUAUUAAUAUUUUGCAUUAAUAUUUCACCAAUCUGUUUGUUGAAUGAUGUUCCAAAUCUAAGUAGCUACUACUACGACGUUAUAUAUACAACCACUAUUUAAGCUAUUCAACGAUGUUUAUCAUGGAAAUAAAACACAUAAUGUCUUUUUGAUUUCUUUCUACUACGAAACACUACGAUUGAUAUCUAAAGUACGGUGAUUUAAAAACCUAACCUGUUUCUCACAGAACGAUUUCAAGGGUAUUUACACGAAGAGUAACUACUUAUUCGUACCAUGCUGUAAGUAUAUAGACGAGGUCAGAUACUAAAAGAUUCCCCUUCAUAGUAUAUGUAUGACAUAAUGUAGCACUAAUACUACGUAUAAGUACAUACACCAAUCAGUGGAUAAAAAUAAUAAAUGUUACUAAAUGA